AGCUCUCCUCUCCCGUUGACGCAGGUGAUAGAGAGAAUUUCCGACACGCGUAUAUAUUUAGAGAGAGAGAGAGAGCCCCACUCCACCACCACCACCACCAACCACCUAACUCUUCUCUCUUUCUCUCUCAUGCUAACCCACUGCUGCUAGGGUUUAAUUCUCCAUCACCAUCCAUGGCUUUCCAGAACAAGAAGCUCAUCAACAACCCCGACGAUGUGGUGACUGAGUUCAUUGAAGGCCUGGUUGAGACUUACCCUGGGCUGCAGUACUUGGAUGGCUUCCCUCAGGUGAAGGUUGUGCUGCGCGCUGAUGUUUCCGGCGGUACAUAUGACAAAGUCGCUAUUGUAUCAGGAGGUGGGAGUGGACACGAACCUGCGCAUGCUGGAUUUGUUGGGGAAGGGAUGUUGACAGCCGCUAUCUGUGGGGAUGUCUUUGCGUCUCCACCGGUUGAUUCAAUUUUAGCAGGGAUCCGAGCUGUAACUGGUCCAAUGGGUUGUCUCCUGAUUGUCAAGAAUUAUACUGGGGACCGUCUGAAUUUUGGUUUGGCUGCAGAGCAAGCAAAAUCUGAAGGUUACAAAAUAGAGACUGUAAUUGUUGGAGAUGAUUGUGCGUUGCCCCCGCCCCGAGGAAUAGCUGGCCGAAGGGGUUUGGCUGGCACCAUUCUUGUUCAUAAGGUUGCAGGAGCUGCCGCCGCUACUGGGAUUUCUCUCGCUGAAGUUGCAGCAGAAGCAAAACGUGCAUCUGAAAUGGUUGGAACAAUGGGUGUUGCAUUAUCUGUUUGCACACUGCCUGGUCGGGUAACACCUGACCGUUUGGGGCCUGGAAAGAUGGAACUUGGUCUUGGAAUUCAUGGCGAAGCAGGUGCUGCUGUUGCUGACCUUCAGCCUGUGGAUGUUAUAGUCUCUCAUGUUCUCAAGCAGAUAUUGUGUCCAGAAACUAAUUAUGUUCCAAUUACUCGCGGAAGUAGAGUGGUGCUUAUGAUCAAUGGGUUAGGUGCAACACCUGCAAUGGAACUGAUGAUCACAUCUGGUAAAGCAGUACCUAAGUUGCAACUGGAACAUGGAUUAGCUGUUGAUAGAGUUUAUACUGGUUCAUUCAUGACCUCUCUCGAUAUGGCAGGCUUUUCGAUUUCUAUCAUGAAGGCUGAUCAGGCUAUUCUACAACGUCUGGAUGCUCCAACAAAGGCUCCCUAUUGGCCUGUUGGUGUUGAUGGCAAUCACCCACCCGCAAAGAUUCCAGUUCCAUUGCCUCCUUCUCGUUCAACAAAAAUUGAUGAGCCAUUGGGUCGACCAGCACAACUGAAUGAACAAGGCCAUAUUCUUGAGGUGGCUAUCGAAGCAGCUGCCAAUGCAGUUCAGAACCUAAGGGAUGAAUUGAAUGAUUGGGAUAGCAAAGUAGGUGAUGGUGAUUGUGGGUCGACAAUGUAUAGAGGUGCAGCAGCAAUUUUGGAAGACAUGCGGAAUUAUCCUCUGAAUGAUGCAGCGGAAACAGUGAACGAAGUCGGAGCAUCUGUUAGAAGAGUUAUGGGAGGCACAAGUGGGAUCCUAUAUACCAUAUUUUGUAAGGCAGCCUAUGCACAGUUGAAAGCAAGCACCCAAUCUGUUGUCACAUCCAAGAAUUGGGCUGAAGCACUUGAAGCUUCCAUUGCUGCAGUCAGCAAAUAUGGUGGGGCUAGUGCUGGGUAUCGCACAAUGUUAGACGCCCUUAUUCCAGCAUCAGCAGUUCUUCAAGAGAGGUUAAAUGCUGGUGAUGAUCCUGCAACUGCUUUUGUUCUUUCAUCUGAAGCGGCAGUGGCUGGAGCUGAGUCAACUAAGCACAUGCAGGCACAGGCUGGGCGUUCAAGCUAUGUAUCUGGAGAGAUACUAGCAUCAGUCCCAGACCCUGGUGCAAUUGCUGCAGCAUCGUGGUACAAGGCAGCCGCCUUAGCUGUGAAGGACAAAUAUCCGGCUCCGUGAAUGAAAGACUGAUCAUUACAUGAGUUCUUGUUGCAUUUCUGCAAAUUUUAGCUGCAGAUACAACAAGCUGACUUUUGUUCAUAAUUUUGCACUACUACUAACAAGGCUUUCCGCUUAUGUUUUUAGUGCAUAAUGCUGAGAGAGCGAUUUUCAUCCUCGUUCAUACAUGUCAUGAUAUCCCGUUUAGAAGACUGUAAAUUUCAUUAUGUGCAUUGAGCGGUAUCGAAGGGAUAUGGUUGUAUAAUGGUCAGUUUUUAUGACUUAAAUUGGACCACCUUUGUACAACAAGUGGUAAUGAACAAACCCUUUAUGUUGAUCUGAGCUUUUGAGGCCACAUCAAACUU